AUGGCAGUGUCCAGCUCUGCGAGUGGGAGAUCCUGGAGUGCGAUACAUGGACCAAGUAGUACCAACACCUUGAGCAUUGUCAUCCAUAUUCCAGUCACUGCAGUUAUUGGCAGAUAUAAAAUGAGUCUACAGAUUACCAGUGGCGGAAGGCCAAAUGUCACCAGCCUAGGAGGCUUCAUUUUGCUGUUUAACCCUUGGGCAUCAGGUGAUGAAGUGUAUGUGAGCAGUGAAGAAGAGAGAAUAGAGUACGUCCUAAAUCAAACUGGACUCUACUGGUUUGGAAAUGUGAACAGUUAUGGAUCUAGAAGAUGGGAUUAUGGACAGCUUGAAAAGGACAUCUUGAACAUUACCCUGGCUGUGCUUGACAGGAGUCCAGAGUACAAGAAGGACCCAGCCACGCAUGUGUCUCGCAGAAAUGAUCCCAUUUACGUGGGAAGAAUACUAAGUGCUAUGGUAAACAGCAAUGAUGACAAUGGAGUCAUUGUUGGGAACUGGAGUGCAAACUACAGUGGUGGAGAGAGACCUACAACCUGGAACGGAAGUGCCCCCAUUCUCCGCCAGUGGAUGCAAAAAGGACCGGUCAAAUUUGGGCAGUGUUGGGUGUAUGCAGGAGUACUUUGUACAGUUCUCAGAUGUUUGGGAAUACCAGCCAGGGUGAUUAUAAACUUCCAGUCUGCUCAUGACACACAUGUAAAUCUCUUGAUUGAUGAGAUCUAUGACGAAGAUGGGAGAAAGAAUGAAGACGAGACCCGGGACAGCAUUUGGAACUUCCAUGCAUGGAAUGAAGCUUAUUUUACUAGAAAGGAUCUUGGGUCACUUUAUAACGGAUGGCAAAUACUGGAUGCAACUCCACAGGAACGUAGUGACGGUAGAUACCAAUUGGGACCGACCUCGCAGAAGGCUGUGAAGGAAGGGGAUGUAGACAAACCGUACGAUACCGUAUUUGUGUUUGGUGAGGUGAAUUGUGACCAAGCACACUGGAUUAAGCAUAAGGAUGGAAGCAAAACAUUGGCUUACUCUGAGCCUACAGGCGUGGGGCAGCUCACCAGUACCAAAGCAGUUGGUGCUUUUCAUCGCAGGGAUAUAACCAAUGACUACAAAUACCCAGAAGGUUCUGCUAAGGAAAGAGAGAUCUUUGCGAAGGCAAAGGAAAAAGUGGAGCCACCAAUUACAGUUCUAAUGGCAAAUGAAGCUGCUACAAGCGAUUCUUCUGUUCCCCCAAAACCUGAAUUUUAUGCCAGUUUUAAAAAAGCGGCCGAAACACAAGUUGGUGAUGAUCUGAAACUCAGCUUGACGUUCAAAAACACGGUGGCUAAAUCUCAGAAGAUAAAGGUCAACAUGACAGCCACGGCCAUAAUAUACAACCGUAAACCAGUCAAAGAUAUUCUUACUGAAUCCCAUUAUGUUACACUGGGACCUAACGAAGAGAAAAGCAUUGAGCUGACAAUACUAUACAUACAGUAUAGACAGGCCAUAACGCCUGACAACAUGAUUCAAACUACAGCUGUGUGUGAGGAUGAGACUGGAGGCAAACUGCUGGUACAAACUGUGAAUACAUUGAAGAACCCUACACUACUGUUGAGGGCUAGUGAAGACGUCAAAUUAAACACAACUUCACAAGUGGAUGUUAUAUUUACUAAUCCAAGUCAAGAGGAGAUCUGUAACAGUGUCUUGAUUGUAGAGGGGAGCGGCCUUUUGAGCGACCAACUGAUUAUUAACUCACUGAUGGAAUCCCCUAUCUCCAAUUCGGAACUGGAGACCACUCUCAAACUUACCCAAGCCGGCAAAGCACCUGGCCCAGAUGGCUUUUCCGUAACCUAUUACAAACGCUACCUCCCUAUUUUGGCCACUCCAUUCUUGAAUGCACUUAAUUCCCUGUACACGGCCCAUGCCCCGCCACCUGAUUCCCUCAGAGCACAUAUUACUGUCAUACCCAAGGAGGGGAAGGAUCCGUCCCUAUGCCCCAGCUAUAGGCCAAUAUCGCUUCUUAACAUUGACACAAAACUUUUUGCCAAAAUUCUAUACCUUCGUCUUGUACCCCACCUGGGAGACCUCAUUCAUCCUGACCAAACUGGAUUUAUCCCAUCCAGAGAGGCGAGACAUAACACCACUCGAGCUCUGGGGAGGAUUCACUCCGCCCGGUCCAGCGCCACCCCGUGUGUACUCCUGUCCACCGAUGUGGAGAAGGCGUUUGACCGGGUGGACUGGUGGUUUCUACACAGUACAUUGGAGGUGGUGGGGGUGGGACAACACAUGCGAACCUGGAUUGGAGUGCUCUAUUCCAACCCCUCGGCCCUCGUCACCCUGAACUUUCCCCCGCUGCUGUCGCGUAUAAAAUCGGAUUUGGAAUCAUGGACCAAACGCACCUUUUCUUGGAUGGGCCGUUGCAACAUCCUGAAGCAAUCCAUCCUCCCACGCUUACUGUACCCCCUCCAAGCCCUGCCAAUUCACAUUCCUCCAUCCUUCUUUCGCAGCAUACGAACGGCCUUUACAGAGUUCGUCUGGAUUCAAAAACCGCCCAGAUUAAGCUAUGAUAUACUGCGGAGACCCAAGCAUUCGGGUGGGAUGUCUCUGCCAGACGUUCAUCAAUACUAUAUUGCCACACACCUGACUGGAACUGCAACUCGCCCUCCAAGCUUUGGGUUGCCUUAG